AUGGAGAAAGAGAAUGAUAUAUUCGAAGAGCAAUCCGGUGAGAUGAUGCAGUCAUACCACACUCCAAUUGAAAUACUGAAAGAAGGAGGUAUAUCUGCUGCAGACAUAGCCAAGCUCAUUGAGUGCGGAUUCAGGACAGUUGAAAGUGUGGCCUUCACUCCAAGAAAGAAGCUCUUGAAUAUAAGAGGGUUCGCAGAGACAAAAGUUGAUCGAAUAAUAAAAGAGGCAACAAAGCAUGUGGAGCUAGGGUUCCAGACAGCAGACAUAAUCCACCAGAAAAGGCUGCAGAUGAAAAUGAUCACAACAGGAUCAUCUGAGCUGGACAAGCUGCUUGGUGGUGGAAUUGAGACAGGCUCAAUCACAGAACUCUUUGGGGAAUUCCGUACAGGAAAAACCCAGAUAUGCCACAUGCUUGCUGUUACCUGCCAGCUGCCCACAGAAAUGGGUGGGUGCAAUGGAAAGGCCAUCUACAUCGAUACAGAGUCUACUUUCAGAGCUGAAAGGCUGAUUGAGAUUGCCAAGCGAUACGAGCUGGACCCAACCGACGUACUUUCAAAGGUGUGUGUUGCCAGGGCAUACAACGUGGACCACCAGCUGGAACUAGUGAAGAUGGCAGGUGGCCUGAUGGCAUCUGGCGAGUACCGCCUUCUGAUUGUUGACUCUAUUAUAGCCAACUACAGAACAGACUUCUCUGGGCGAGGAGAGCUGAGUGCAAGACAGAUGCAUCUAAGCACCUAUCUGCGGUCACUCAUGCAGCUGGCAGAUGAGUACAAUGUUGCAGUUGUGAUCACCAACCAGGUGGUGGCCACAGUGGAUGGAGCUGCUGCAAUGUUUGGUGGAGACACUAAGAAGCCAACAGGAGGGCACGUGCUAGCACACGCCAGUGCCACUAGGCUGUACCUACGAAAGGGAAGAGGAGACCUGCGCAUCUGCAAGGUCUACGACUCUCCUUCUCUUCCAGAGUCAGAAGCUACCUUCCGAAUUAUUAACGAGGGUAUUGCAGAUGGAGAUGAAUAA